GCCUGCCGCCUGGUCAUUACGUAGACACAAAAAGGCAAACAAUACGGUCGUUUUGUAUGGCCAUGUUGGGAGGUCAUAGCGGCUUGAGACAAAGGCAAAACAGCCGCGAGCCUAAUUAGGCAGGGGGGCUGCUGUUUCCGCCUUUUACCACUGACCACCAUGUCCUUCUCUGACGAUUCCGACCUCACCGACCUCUCUUCGGACGAAGAGAACGUACCUCUGGCGCCAACCAAGAAGCCGCAGACGCGCAGUAAAAAACCAAUUAUUCGCCCGGCACUACGUGCACCUAGAACGGUUUCGUAUUCGGUGGAGUCUUUGUGUAAGAAACUCUGCGACAAGUCCCUGGAUUUGGAGCCCGAAUACCAAAGAGACGUCGUCUGGAGUGACUCGAAGCAAAGCCAACUCAUCGACUCGCUCAUUCACAAUUACUAUAUACCACCUUUGAUUUUCGCUGUGUCGUUGACCCCAGAGGGAGAGGAGAAGCGGACAUGUAUUGACGGGAAACAAAGGUUGUCUUCGAUUAGGCGGUUUAUAGAUGGUCAUAUCAUGCACAAGGAUUCCGUCACCCAAGGCAAAUUUUGGUACAUCAGCCGCAGCGGAGCCGGAAGAACCAGAUCUCGCACCAUACUUCCCAUGCAGCUCAAGUCCCGUUUCAGCAACACCCAAAUCACCUGCGUCGAGUACGACGACCUUACCCAGGACCAAGAACGCGAAAUCUUCCGUCGUGUCCAGCUAGGUGUAGCACUCACGCCAGCCGAACGUCUGCAAGCUAUCACCGGACCUUUGGCUUCCCUGAUUCGUGAGGUGCAAGAUAAGCUCGCGUCGCCUGAAGGUCUCGAAGGGCACGUCCCUUGGGGUAAAGCUCGUGGACGCGACUUUCUAUGUGUGGCGCAGAUCAUAUACCUCAUUGACGGAAAGAAGGCCGAACCAUCUGCACCCAAAAUCGAAGCUUGGUUUACCGGCGACAAUAACGGGCGCGUAGAAUUCUGCGUUCACGUUUGCGUGCGUGCGUUUGCGUUUAAAUGCAUGCGUUUGUCAGGCUUGCGUGUGCAUGUGCGAGCUUGACAAAGAUGCGUUCGUGCGCAAUAAUACUUUUUAGGUACUUUAGUUAUCAAAUAGACGGAAUGUAACAG